AAUUACAAUAAUACUUAUUGCCACCAACGCCCACAGUAUUCUCCCUCUCUUCUAAACCCCCAGCGACUCGAUCCUCCUGCGAAGGCUAUCGCGAUCUCCCUUCUACGGUCUCUUCCCGAGUUCGAUACGGAGGAGAUGGCGUCGAAGCUGCACCAGUUUGGAUCCAAGGCAGUUCAGGUCUCGGAAUUCAUUUCCAAGCAUGGAAAAGCUUACUAUGAAGAGCUGCUCGAGAAGAACAAGCAGCACAUUGUUCAACCACCAACCAUCGAGGCGUGCCAGGAUCUGUCGAAAAAGCUCUUCUAUACUCGUCUUGCGAGCAUUCCUGGUCGUUUUGAAUCCUUCUGGAAGGAGUUGGAUGGUGUGAAGCACAUCUGGAGAAACAGGAAGGAGUUCAAGGUCGAGGAUGCUGGCAUUGCUGCUCUGUUUGGACUCGAGUUAUAUGUGUGGUUCUGUGGCGGUGAGAUAGCGGGAAGAGGUUUCACUUUUACUGGCUACUAUGUCUGAGCAAGUCGACCUCUGAAUCUCUUCAUGUUUUCCUGCUUCUAAGAAGACGAAGACCCAAUCAGGCUUCUGAUCACCUCACUCUUGCAAAAGUUUUAUAAGCUGGUGGUGAGUGAGAAUGACGAGCAUAAUUGCCUCAAUAAUCAGCUCGCUUCUUUCUCCUGUCUGUUUUACAUGUGUUGGCUGUAGUCAAAUACACUUGCACUAACUGACCUCACUCGAUCCAAUGCGACUAGGUUGGAUGACAUUGUACAUCGUUCUAAAGAUCUUCAAGCCAACUCUAAAUUUGAAAUCAUCUGUUUUUCUAAA